UAUAUAAAUCCACACCUGCUUUCAUUAAGAUCAUUCGCCGGCGAACAAUAAUCAAGUUCCAGCUCUUACACAGCACCCUGCAGCUGGCUACUUAAUUCUCGUAUUAAGAUUAAGAUUAAGAUGCCUUGUCUUUACAUCACCACCAACGUCAACCUCGAUGCUGUCGAUGCUGAUCCCAUUUAUGCAGAGACCACUCAGGCUCUCUCCUCCAUCAUCGGUAAACCACAACACUUGGUGAUGGUGGUGAUGAAAGGGUCUACUGAAAUAUGGUUCAAUGAGAAUAGAGAAGCAGCUGCGUACGCAGAGGUGGUAUCGAUGGGGGGAAUUAAUCGACAAGUGAAGAGGAAACUGAUUGGUGCCAUCGGCAAAAUUUUGGAGACGCACCUCUCCAUCCCUACGACUCGCUUUUUUCUCAAGGUUUAUGACACCACCGCAAUACCCUCUAAAUUGUGAUCACUAUACAUAUGUAUCUCACUAAAUUAGUUGUUACUCUCUCACCUUGUAUUUUGUGCUUUAAUUUCAA